CAUGGCGUCGGCCGUUAACAGGUACAGCUGGUUCGUUUCCGUUUCUAGAAAAGUGGGAAGUUAUCUAUUCAAUUCAUCACUGUUCAUCGCCCAGGCGGCGACGUGCACCAACAACAUGGACUCUGUGAGGCCAACCAAGCUGGAGUUUGCAGUGCAGAUGACAUGUGAGAGGUGCGCAGUUAAAGUCAGAGCUGCUCUGGAGGGUAAACCAGGAGUGACGUCUGUCAGUAUCGAUGUCGGUAAGGAGGAGGUGUUGGUAGAAUCCGCUCUGACCAGUGCAGAAGUGCAGGCUCUGAUAGAGAGCACUGGACGCAGGGCCGUGCUGAAAGGCAUCGGAGGAUUAGAGCAAGACCUGGGUUCAGCAGUGGCCAUGCUGGCUGGUGUGGGAAAGAUCCAGGGGGUGGUGCGUUUCCUGCAGCUGUCUGAGGAGCGUUGCUUGAUUGAUGGGACCAUAGAUGGGUUGGAGCCUGGACCCCACGGUCUCCAUGUCCACACCCUGGGGGACCUCACACUUGGCUGUAUCAGUUGUGGAGAGCACUAUAACCCCUUUGGAAGACAACACGGUGGUCCAGGGGACUCUGAAAGGCAUGUAGGCGAUCUGGGAAAUAUUGUUGCUGGACCAGAUGGCAGAGCCUCAUUUAGACAAGAGGACCGUCAGCUAAAGGUAUGGGAUGUGAUUGGCCGAUCGUUGGUGGUGGAUGCAGCGGAGGACGACCUGGGUCGAGGCAAUCACCCUCUCUCCAAACAGACUGGGAACUCUGGGGAAAGACUGGCCUGUGGGAUCAUUGCCCGAUCAGCAGGUCUUUUCCAAAACCCCAAGCAGAUUUGUGCCUGUGACGGGGUCACGCUGUGGGAGGAGAGAGACCGGCCGAUUGCUGGGAAAGGUCGAAGCAAGGCCAACGCAGAGACACCAGCAGCACACCUCUGAGCCUGGUACACAAACAAAUGCCAUAUCUGUAACCUGUGUCGGGGAGUUUGAACAGAAGGGGCACCUCGGAGAGAAAUGCAGAGGACAUUUGUCGACAGAGGGUCAGCGCUGACUCAAGACAAAGCACUGAGGGAUAUGUUUCCCCACAGCUGGACAGACGACCAAAGAAAAAUGGCCUUACUUUCAUGAUUUUCUUUUCUCUCUCAUAAAAUCUAAUCCUCUUGCAGUCACAGUUGCUGUCCUGAGGAUUUUAAAAUCACUAAAGCAGAUUAAAACCGCCCCGGACUUUGUGAAAGUCACCUUUGAUUAGCUAGAUGUCCGUUAAUACGGUUAUACAUUUGUAUAAGCAGUCGCCUCUGACACAACUGUUUCAUAACUGUCUACAUUGAUGUACUGGCUGCCUGGCAGAAAUGCACUUCAGUUUGGCCUCCUAAAAAAAGUAGUAAUGAUUUGGUUAAAAAAAAUAUAUAUAUUUACAUUUUUUUAAUUUGGGAGGAAAAUCAACACACAAAUAGGAUAAAAAGUGCCGUCAUGCUAAUGUUUAGGAUAUUUACGGUCACAAAGCCCUCCAGCUGCAAUAGUCUGAAUGCACAGGAUGCAUCUCAACCGAAGGCUGUGUUCAUAUACACUAAGGCGUAGACCUGGGCAAUAUAUCGAUAUUAUAUCGAUAUCGUGAUAUAAGACUAGAUUUUGGAUAUCAUAAUAUGGCAUAAGUGUUGUCUUUUCCUGGUUUUAAAGGCUGCAUUACAGUAAAGUGAUGU